UUUGUGUGAUAAUAUCAGAUGACGAUUUCGCGGUUUUGAUUAAAGAAAUUUUUAAUUUUUAAUUCAUUGCAAUUUGCAAUUUUGAAGUUACUCAAACUAGUUAUUCAUUGAUUUUUUUCACUUCAAAAUUGUUUUUCAGAAUGCCAUUGAUUCACAUGAUUCGGUAUCCAUUUCUCAAAAGAUGUUCCCCAUUGGGCAUGAACAUGAACUUUCGCUUUGUACAUAGUUCCAUUCUAAACAACAAAUAUACCAAAUUGGUUCCUGAAAACCUCACUACACCGAGCACCGAGGAAUACGAAAACGCAUUCAAAAAGUUAAAGUUCACUUAUAAAGAUAUCAUUUCAUCCCAUCCCGAUGUAAUGACACUUCUGCGAAAUUUCGCCAUUUGCCAAGUUGAUCAUCAACAUUCAAAUGACGCUCUCGUAGAAGCUCAGAUUAAUCUUGCCUCAAAAGAAGCAUAUCAUAUUGCUUAUGAAAGCGUUUGUAGGUUUAGAUCAAUCGAAGAGGAGCUUCAGAAUAUUUUUUUCCCACCUAUUUUACAAUUAGCAAAUCUCAGUCGUUUCCGUAAGUGGAUAAUAGCGUUACAUUUUAACAUUUCGCCAUCCGCAAGAGCUCUACGUGAAGUUCUACAAAAAUCAGACGUCGGUAUUUAUGAUUUCGCAUACAUGAUUUGUGAAUUGUGCCUCAAAGUUCCAACAAUACAUAGCCAUAAACAAAUUCGCUCUCGAACUCCAGAAUCGGACGAAGAAUGGGAUAUUUUGUUCAAACUUUUAGAAGUCCGUCGCGAACAUGAAAAAAAAUGCGUAAAAAUUAUAUUCGACAGUUUAACUUUAGCACCGUCGUCGUCUGAAAACCAUGAACGUGUGCGUAAAUACUUCAUUCUCAUGAAGUGCCAUCGUUAUCGUUAUGGUUAUAGUCCUAGCGAGACCGACGUACGGAAGAUUUUUGAUGCAAUGGAAGAUAUCGAGACGUACAAUACGCAUGAAAUUUAUAAAGAUUGCUUCGAUAAACCGAAUCCGAAAAAAAAUCCUCAGAGAAUCAUUGUUUCCAUCGUUGAUCAUAAACGUUGGAUGAGCCCUGAAGAGUUACGGAAUGAAUUAAAUAACAAAUUCAAAGAGCCAUCUUAUGGACGUACCUUCACUGCCCUCCAAGUCCAGUUAUUAUCAGCUUAUUAGAAGUUAGAGCCUCGGUAUGACGUUUCCGCUCACAAGGGAUUCUUGCUUUUUACGAUGUAGUUUGAUGUUUGAGGAAUAUAAUGAUGUUGAAUUAUCUAUAACGUUACUGUGAUUAAAGACUGAUUAUUUUAGUGUUUGUUCUCGAUCA